AUGGCAACAUCAACAACUGGUGGUGGCGGCGCCGUGCUUGUAUCGGCUGCACCUUUGACGCCCGCCACCACAAGGAUAACGAGAUCGUCACGAGAGUCGAUUAGUGGUCUGGACAAGGGGACAGGCGGGGUUGUGUCUGCUGGACUGUCUUUGAAUGGAUACCACAAUCUGGGGUACAGCCAGUCACCGGGUGAAUCCGACUUUAUCCUGUCCUCCUCGCUUGCAAGUGGAAGUGGAAGCGGAAACGGAAACGGAAGCCUCAGCGCCGCGCUUUCACAAGUAACAGGGCCCGCGGCGGUACAGGUACACCACAGCAGCCAUCAUCUCCAACGACCCCGCAGCAUCCAGUCGAAGCUCAGCAAGCACCGCUCUCCCCUAACCGCCACCCUGGCGAAGCUCAAGAAUGCCGCCUCCCUCAGCAACAACACCAUUGGCCGCCCCCGAAGCAGCGCUUCUCCUGCCAUCCACGACCACCACGCCAGCAACUCCCGAUCCCCUGCCGCCGGCGACGACAUGGAGCCGCCCGUGCUCUCCUUUUACGGCACCGAGCCCGUGCCCCUUCCCAGUCGCUUUGCCCAGAUCAAGCGCAGUCUCGUCGCCGGCCACGAGAAGGAGCUCGAGGCGUCCUGGGCCCGUCUGAUAACGGCACUGCGCGACGAGGUUGAGGACAUUGCCCAGCGCGGUGCGUCAAUCACGCCCAGCAUCGACUUUGGCGACAUCGCGAACCCCUCCAAAAAGGCCGACUUCGCCCGCGACCUCAAGCGCUACGGUCUUGGCGUCAUCCGCGGCGUCGUGCCCCACGCCGAUGCGCAAAAGGCCAUCGACGAGACGGUCAAGUACCUCGAAACCAAGCACGACUUUAAGGAUCCCAUUCCCCAAGACCCAACAUGCUUCGACUUCUUCUGGACGCCAGCCCAAGUGCGCACGCGCGCGCACCCCAAGGUGCUGCAAGCACAGCGCUUCGCCAUGUCGCUCUGGGACAAUGACGCCGACGACCGCAUGGUCACCCGCUUCCCCAUUGCCUACGCCGAUCGUCUGCGCAUUCACGGCGCCAACAUCGGCGGAGUAGGACCCGAUGCCGCCGAGAAGAAGGCCAGCGAGGACCCUGCCGCCGCCGAGGCCAAAAGAGCUGCCAUGGAGCUCCUCGACGACUUUGCAUCUUCGACCGUCAUUGCCCAGGUCGACAACGGCAGUCUUGAGCGCUGGGAAUCGGACGGGUACGGUCGCGGAGGCACCUACGACGCCGUCUUCAAGGGCGAGUGGGAGAAGUACGACCCCUGGGAUCCCACCUACCGCGUCACUGCGACCCCGGAUCUCUACAACGGCUACGGCGCCUGCAGCAUCUUCCGCAUGUACCAGGGCAUCGUGGCUCUCAGCACCAUUGGCCCGGGUAUGGUGCGGCUACUUCCCAGCCCCAAGCUAGCCACCGCCUACUUCCUCCUCCGUCCCUUUUUCUCGUUCAAGAGCCCGCCUCCCGAGCGUCGCGAAGGUCCCGAGUGGGAUGCCUUCCUCGAAGCCUCCAACUGGUCUCUCGACACCGAGCAAAGCACCAUCAUCCACGGCGCCGUUCCCGGCCAUGCCCAGCGUCUCACCGAGCUCUGGCACCCGCACCUGCACCUCCGCCGCACCCUCACCACCCUGCCCACCUUGCAAACAGGCGAUUACAUCGUGUGGCACCCCGACCUGGCGUACCACAUCACCUCCAACCCCAACAUCAUGGCAAGCCGCGCGCCCACACCGCCGCCGGACAAUGACAACAACACGCCCUCCGCCCCCAAUAAGCCCGUGUCGAUCCUCGUCUACGUCCCCGCCGCGCCGCUCACCCAGACCAACGCUCUGUACUUGGCUCGCCAGCGCAAGACUUUCCAGCGCGGACACCCCGGUCCUGACUUUGAUUCUACGGGAAGCGGUCUAGGCAGCGAGGCGUCGCACGCUGGAAGGCCGGGCGAGACGGAGAUUGCCGAGGUCGGCGGCCCCGCGGGACUUCAAGCCAUGGGACUGGCUCCCUUUGACAUUGCUCCCACGCCGACCAGUAAUUCUAGUAACAAUGGGGAAGUCGACGAUGAGGAUGUUGAGAUGGAGGGUACAAGUGCUAUUACAGCCAGCAUAGCUGCCGCCAAGUCCAGCACGGCGGGCAUCAUUGGCGGCGGCGUAUCAUCGAACACGCCUGCUGUCAGUCGGGCCGAGGCCGAAGUCGCUAGGAUGGCGAAUAUCAUUUUAUUUCCGGAUCGUUAUGACUUUUACAUGGGCACCACCGGGCGAAGCUCGGCGAUCAAGAGGAAGAGGUCGUUGGAUGGGUUGAAAGAUGAGGAGGAGAAGGAGAAUGGGAAGGGGAAGGGGAAGAGGAAGGAGAAGAGUCCAUUGUCUCAUGCUCCAAUGGCGAGCAAGGAGGUCACGGUGCCGGUGGUUCAGGUGAAGCAGGAGCGAGAGCAG